CACGCAGCGGUGAGAUCCCGCUCUCCGGUCACUGCUUCAUACUCAUCUCUCGCUAGAACGUGAAUAUCCCAAAGCACCGAGAGAGAGAGAGACGACGAACUGACGAAGGCGAAGGCAUCGCUUCUCUCCGUCCCGGUCUUUGUCGGAAGUUAAACAGAGGAUGGCUUCUGAUGAUCCGUCUUCAAAGGUUCAGAGAGCAAGUGCUGUGGCAGUGAAAAAGACUGCUGAUUGCUCUAUUUCUAAUGGGAAGAACCAAUCCAACAGUUCAAAGAAGAUCCACAAAGCUGAGAGAGAAAAACUGAAACGUGAUCGUUUGAAUGAGCUCUUCCAGGAACUUAGCCGUGAUCUUGACCCAUUAGGACUAAGCAGUUGUAAGGCAUCAAUACUGGCUGAUGCGACUAGGGCUCUCCGUGAUCUUCUUGCACGACGGAAAAAGCUUAGAGAUGAACACACUGCUCUGGUAUCUGAAUCUCAUUAUAUAACUUUGGAAAGGGAUGAACUCCAAGCGGAGAACCUCACCCUCAAAUCAGAUAUUGGGAUGCUGCAGAAUGAGCUGAACCAGAUGUUGCGGUGUAGCAGCGAUGAUACUCGGCUCGUUCUAGCCCAAUCUACCACCAUACCGGAUCCUCAACAACACCAUAAUUCUGCUGCCUCACUGGUUCAGAGACCACAGGCUAGAUAUCCUUCCCCUUCAGAUUCCUGGCCAGCCAAGCUUCUCUCUGGUCUUCCAGGGCCAUUACAAGGGCAGGAGCAGGAGCUGCAUGCCUCAACUAGAAUCAUUGAAGUAGAUAAUUAAUAAAACUAAAUUUGGUUAGAUGUUUGCAAACUUACUGUAAAUUUAUGCAUGAAAAUGUGUAUUUUAUU